AAGAUUAAUAUGUAGCCAAAUUUAAAUUAGUUUCACGAUAGACAACCAUCUUUCUUAAUUGAAAAAUUGUGUAAUUAGUAUGGGUCUACAUACUCGUGACUCGUGAGCGACUCAACUUCUCUGGAAUAGCCGUCUUGAAUUUCCUUCAGGCACCAACUCAACUUGCUGUUGAACCCAAAUCCUGCGCUGACUUGCAGGCUUUAAAGAGACAUGGCUAAUCAGGGUGCUAAAAAGAGAAAGGAAGAGAAUGCACGUCAUAUGUCAAAGCUUCUUCGCAUCAUAAUUGGGUGUAAUGUUGCCUACAUCUUGGUGAGAAUGAUUUUUUAUCAUUCUUCUUUCACAUGGAAGCACUGGAUUGGUCUGAUAUUAACAAGUUUGGCUUAUGCAAUUCCCUACAAACAACUUGCUAGUAUGGCUAAACCAAGUUAUGCUGAUGAUGGCGAGCUUAUUGAUGGUGGAUUUGAUAUGAGUACUGGAGGAGUUUGUGGGUAUUUGCAUGACAUAAUCUAUAUCACAAGCUUUGUACAGAUUGCUUCACUCAUCUCUGACAAAUUUUGGUAUACGUACUUGGUGAUACCAGGAUUUGCAGCCUAUAAAGCUUCUGGCUUCAUUAAAGGCUUCCUGUCACAUGAUUCUGAGGGCAUGGAGGAGGAUGAAAAGACUCGCAAGAAAAGGGAAAAAAUGGAAAGAAAAGCUUCAAGACCCAAAUUUGCCAAAAUGCGAACUAGAUAGGUCACUUUAGGUACAAGUUUCAGCCGAGUUUGUGCUAUACUCCCGUGUUGGAUACCGGUUCGGGUAGAAACAAAGGUUUCAAUUGAGGUCUGUAUUUUAGUCAUGACUUUAGAUUCUUUUAACCUUUCAUUUAGGAUUAAUUUGGUUAUAUAUUUUCCUUGUUUUUGUUGAGUCUCUCAUUCUAUGAGGCUGAGGAAAUUUAAAGAUUUUUGGCUCCAUAAUCCGGUGAUUACCAAAUUAUACUUUGCACGCUGUACUUGUACACUCAUAUACGAGGCCUUUUAAUUGGGGGUUCUAUGCGGUUGGACACUCUGAACUAAAUGCUCUAAUGCAAAUAAAAGAGGAAAACGUGUAGCUUGGAAAUGAAGAAACGUUGAUAGUUGUACUCUAUUAUCCUGUAGUUUGUAGUUUGAAAACAUGCCAAAGUUAGGUAAAAUAAACUUGAUAGAUUCUACCCCACUUUCAUUUUGUGCUGCAGAUGAAAUGUGCCUUAACACAAGACUAGAAGCUACCAGGUUGUUGUUUUGGAGCUGUCUAAAAUUAACCCGAUUAAUUAAAAUUAUCGAAAUGAUUUGAAAUAACCCAUAUAUUUAUGAACUAAACCAAAUUGUCAAGGUAUGUACAUACACACUGAACCAAAAUCGAUGUCGUUUUUGAAACUUACCCAAACGCCUGUGCGUAUGCUUUUUAGGUUGUAUAUUGUAUGUUGAAAAGGACACAAGUUAAGAAUGAAAUAAAGUAGAGGAUUGAUCAUAGUGGGGUAUUACUCGUAUGAUAUAUUUUUGCAAGAUAUACAAUUCACCUGUGAUGUUUCAUCAUAUUUGCAUAUCAACUACUCUUGUGAGACACUGUCUCUCAAAGAGAUGACUUUAAAAUCAAAAUAAGAAGUUUAUAUUCUUAUUUUCUCUUUAAUUUAUAUUAAUUAGCUUAUUUAACCAAUAUGUCUAAUACAUCUCUCGGAGAAACUGUUUCUUGAGAAAAGGAAAAUUACCCUAGAGAUAAAUUUACACAUGAUUCAAUUAUUAAAUCCAUAAAACUAGCUUAUAUGACCAUCCCACGUUAAUAAAGUAAGAGAUAGUUAUUUAAUAUAUAAGAGAAGGCUAAGGGGUCACUUCCCUUAUACAUAGAACAAGAUAGAAAUCUAGUAGGCUUGUAAAGUGGACUCUCCUGCGGA